UAUUGAAAUCAUGAUACGGUGCACAUAUUAGGAUUGUAUGGAAUUCAGACUAGUAGCCAAAUUUAAGAACUUGAAAUUCAUUCUUACUUAAUUCUCAGAUUCAGCAUAUUAGUAAAACAUAGUUAGUGUUUCAACUGUAUUGGAUUAAAAUUAGCAAUUGAUUUUGAAAUUUUGGAAAGCCAUACGUUUCGUUAAUGUUUGGUGCAAGUUUUACGACUGAGGUUGCUGAUGAAUAUUAAUAUUAAUAUAAUUGUUUCGGCAAUUGGGACUUCACCCCUGAUGUAAAUGACCAAAUGAGAUGGGUGAGACACCAGAAGUAGUUCAAUUAAGUACUAGUAGAUUUUGCAGUGCCUCAACAGUCAUUAGGUGUUUGUGCCAUUCGUUUUAUAUGGCUAAUCAGAUUCAUGAAUCCAUUAUUGGAUAUUUGAACGGAAUAGUGAUUUUGGUGAAUAUGUAUCCCGUGAUAUUUAUAGUGUUUCGUGCAGGUAAGUAGGUUUACUGGCUGUAAUAUUUAAGUUAGGAUAUCCAAUUGUUAAUAACAUGUAGUGUUCUUUUCUUUUCAAGGAUUUCUGUCUCGUACUCUCGCAGUACCAUGAUGUGUUAAUUGUUUCAUCUGGUAGAAGUUAAUUUCUCUGUCUUUUCUUGUUGACACUUUUGUCAUCUUACGUGUUCUUCAACUAUUAAUAAUUUUCAGUGUGAUAAUCAAGCAACGAAAAAGUCUUUAAAAGAUUACUUAGCAAGUCAAUAAUUUUAAUUGCAUUUUCUUUCUUAUCGAUUGCAUUUUCUUUCUUAUCGAUUGCAUUUUCUUUUUACUAUCUCUCCCUUUAUCUAGACUGAAGAAUAACUCUGUUUGCCUUAAGUGUUCAAUUUCAUCCCUCAAACUUCUUCAGUUCCUGCUAAUCAACCUAUUCUAUUACUUAAACUGAUUUUAGGUUUUAAAUACGAUGAAAGGAGGUACGGCUAUUGGGUUAAUAAAUGGAGGAGAAAUUAUUAUAGCAUCUGAUGGUUAUUUAAUCAGAAAUAAGAAAUUUAAACACCUUGAUAGUGGAAAAAUUGUUCGAACAGAUUGGUUUCAGGAUGUUACAGCAGAUUUUAGAGAAGGAAGUCCGGCGAUGGAGUAUUAUACUGCACUUUGGAAAAUUUAUGAAGAGGAAUAUGAUAUAUCUCAAGAGGAAGCUGAUGAGAUAAAACAUUCUUGGACUAAAAGAGAAAAGUUAGUUGUUACUCAUGACGAUACCCCCAAAAUUGUUGUCUUAAGAGUUAAGAGUAUCUAGUAACAUUGUAUUAACCUUUUGUGGAUACUAUAAGUUAUUUGGUCGCAUCUGUGAGCGGUUGAAAGCUGAGGGUGAGAUGUUGACAAUUGACCGAUGUGUUGAGUUGAGUCAACAGUUACUCCGACAGAACCUCGAGACUGAAGAAUCUGACUAUGAAGAAGGCAGUGACAUGAAUGACUUUGACUGCAAUCUCCUAUUUGCGACAUAUGAAAAACAAUCCAGUGGUGAUUUGGUUCCCAGACUUGUUUAUGUCGACAAGUUUGAGUUUGUGAAUGUUGAGAAAUAUAAAUGUAUUGGACAUGGCUCAAGUUUGGCAGGGAAGAGUCUCACGAGACACUGCUCUACUGAUAUCGACAAGGAACUUGCUGUCUUGCGGGUUAGAGAAGCUAUUGAAGCAGCCUCCCUUGAGAGGAUGAGCGGCGGGACGAUUGAGAUUGUCUCGCUUGCCAAAAAUAAUUCCUACAAUGUUGAGUGGAAAGGGGCGGUUGGUUGUUGAAGGCAAUUGCGAAUAUAGACAAUUACAACUUUUGAAAGUCAUUAUGACACGGGUGAGUAUGUUUAUGCCUAGCUCUAUUCUUGCUCUAAGCUAGCGGUUGUAUUAGCAUUUUCCUGAAACUUCAACUAUGAGGUAUCUAAUUUGUUAUUGUGAGUUCAGGAGACGAAUCUUAUAUUCACUAUCGUGCUACAUUUAUAUACGGUAGUUGCUGUGUACUCUCUAUUACUGGUUCUUUUCUUUUAUGUAUAUGCCAAAGAAGAAAGGUUACCUUUGAUGGAACAUGUGUAUUCAGGACUUGUGCAUGAGCAAAGAUCAUGCUG